UCAUUAUGGAUCCAAUCAUUGUUUCUGUACAAGUCCCGUCUCUGGCCAUGGUAGAACUCUCACUCCUUACGUGCUCCUCUUGUAUAAAUACUAAUAUGGUCCCGACAAUUCUUGGUUACGGCCAUACCACCCUGAGCACGCCCGAUCUCGUCUGAUCCCGUUCAGGUGCGCAAGCAGGAAGUGAGCAGAGAGUAGAGAGCAGUCGAGUGUUUGUUGGGACCGCGUGUGCUUGUGAAUCAUAAGGUGCAUUUGUGAUAGUUUUAUGUGUGAUUCAUUUCCCCUGCAGCCUGGCUGUUUGGGGGAUUGUUUCAUUCUUUUUGUGAUUGGAUGGAUACUUUAAUAAAUGACAAAAUAGAAGGUAAGGCCACUUUGAUUAAUGCAGAACCCGAGAUUGAUUAUGCUUUUAGUGAUUGGAUGGAAGAACUUGUGAAUGAAAACAUGGAAGUUAAGAACAGUUUGGCACAUGUAGAACGGGAGAAUGAUUCUGGAAAUAUUGAAGCCAGCGAGAAAGGAAUAACCCAGGAGAUCAAUUCCGUUAUUAGGCCUAUUGAGAAAGCAAGCAUGGCGAAUGGUAGGAGAGAUAAAGAGAGACAGGGAGAAAGUGAGGGUGAUUGUGGCUAUAAAAAGGAGCUGACAUUGAUUGUAGAGCCCGUCGGUGAAGAUUACAUUACCAUGAUGGAACUGUUGCGGGGAAUCAAGGAAAAGUGUGGGAUUGUUCUGGCAUGCAGGGUCAAAAGUAAGAACAUUUACGAGAUCACCAUGCAGGAGGGAAAGGGCAAGACAAGGUUAUUAGAUGGCUUCAAAAUCAAAAACACUCGGGUGACUGCCAAGGAAGUUCGCAGCAAUGAAAUUGUUGUUUCAUUUCUAAACUUGCCAUCUUACAUCACUGAUGCUGAAAUUAGGCAGAAACUCUCAACGUGGGGCGUGAGGGCGAUUUCGCCCAUCAAAAGAAGGAAAUGGCCUGGGACAGACGUGGUGGACGGGACAAGGUUCUGUAAGGUACAAUUCACGGAACUUGUACAGUCACUGCCCUACUCAACAAAGUUCGAGACACUAGACGGAGGGGAGUACUUCCGUGUGAUCCAUGACAGGCAGGUGAAGGUCUGCAGGCUGUGCAUCCAGCCAGGACAUAUUUUAAGAGAAUGCCCAGACUUCACCUGUUAUAAAUGCAAGCGCCAGGGACACUAUGCUAGGGAGUGUGACUUGCAGGGGGGGAGACGCGGAGAGGAGAGGACGGUGGACACGGAGCCAGCCGGCGGCGGCGAGCGCGUUUCCCGGUCCGAGGAGGAUCAACGACAGCAGGACGAGGACACCGGAGCUGCCAGCGGGGGUGAAAUGACUCCAUCCACCAUCGGCAGCAGUGCGGAUGGAGUGUCCGCCCGGGCGAGUGAACGAAGAGGCGGCCGACCAGGAGAGGUGGAGGCCCCGGAUUGCAGUGAGGCUACACGGGACGGCGGGGCUGCUGCUGCGACUGCUUCACCUAAGGAGCCAGACGAUUCGAGCAUGGAGGUGGUGGAGAUGAGAACAUCGGAGGAAGGAGAGUCGAUGGACUACGAUGCGGUGUAA